AACUCUCAGACAGGACGAAGCGCCUGGGACAGGAUAAAGCAAGAGAACUAAAUAAAAAACAACACUGCUUAGAUAUAGUAAACUAAUAGUAGUACAACUACUACUACAGUAGUAGACGCUUUUCAAUCGACUCCAAAAUCACGACAAUGGCGAGCGGGGCAAAGAGAGCAUUUGAAGGAGGAGUGCAAGGACCACGAGGCUGUUUCAUUAAAAUUGGGAUACAGACAAAACGCGGCUCACAGGAUACCGGAUACGUCUGUAUGCGUGUUUGUGCCGCAUCCAUUCACGACAAAGAAAAGAGACGGCAGAUAUUUUUCAGUGGUGACUUUCUCGACAAAAUCCUAAAAAAAGGACAAAACGGUUCGGUUCCUUUUCGGUUUCUCGGUUUUCGGUUUCGGGGUAGUUCCUAAAUCUCUCUAAGGAAGAACAAGAUGAUGAACCUUAAGAAUAAGAAGCCGUCAAAAAACAGCUUCGCAAAUAUGGCGCGCUCUUUCGCUCUUAAUCGACAAAUAUAAGGAGAACCACAGAAACAUAUGCACGAAGUGGCAAAAUCUAAGCGACAAUUUGGCGGCAGAUGACAAGGACAACGCCACGCACAUGGCGGCAAGACAACAACAAGGAUUCAGGAUACGGCUAACCGGAUAUUAAACUAUCAACACUAGCCAACACAGCAGAACAGAAACUGAGGCAUAACCAUUAGCGUUGUGAGAGAGAAAAACAGGACAUCAUGGCGGCAACGGAAGCGGGAACAGGUCCUGCAGCCACGAGGGAGUUCGUUGAGGGAUGGACUUUGGCCCAAACUCUGGGCGAAGGUGCCUACGGCGAGGUGAAGUUGUUAAUCAACCGGCAGACUGGCGAGGCUGUGGCCAUGAAAAUGGUGGACCUGAAGAAGCAUCCGGAUGCGGCAAUCUCGGUGCGCAAAGAGGUUUGCAUACAGAAGAUGCUCCAGGAUACGCACAUCUUGCGAUUUUUCGGCAAGCGCUCGCAAGGCACCGUUGAGUACAUAUUCCUGGAAUACGCCGCCGGCGGAGAGCUGUUCGAUCGAAUUGAACCCGAUGUGGGAAUGCCGCAGCAUGAAGCCCAGAGAUAUUUCACUCAGCUUCUGUCCGGACUGAAUUAUCUGCAUCAGCGUGGGAUUGCCCAUCGGGAUCUUAAGCCGGAAAACCUACUGCUGGACGAGCACGACAAUGUGAAAAUAUCCGACUUUGGCAUGGCCACCAUGUUCAGGUGCAAGGGCAAGGAGCGACUGCUGGACAAGCGCUGCGGCACCUUGCCGUACGUGGCCCCGGAGGUGCUCCAGAAGGCUUAUCACGCCCAGCCGGCGGAUAUUUGGUCAUGUGGCGUUAUUCUGGUCACCAUGCUGGCAGGAGAACUGCCCUGGGAUCAGCCGUCCGCCAAUUGCGUAGAGUUUAUUAACUGGAAGGAUAACGAUCACUGGCAAUUGCAGACUCCUUGGAGCAAACUCGACACUUUGGCCAUUUCACUGCUCCGUAAACUUUUGGCGACUAGUCCUGGUACGCGUUUGACACUGGAGAAAACGCUGGAUCACAAAUGGUGCAACAUGCAGUUUGCAGACAAUGAACGUUCCUAUGACCUGGUGGACUCGGCGGCUGCCCUGGAGAUCUGCUCACCGAAGGCAAAGAGACAGCGCCUGCAGUCGAGUGCCCAUUUGAGCAGUGGCCUGGAAGAUUCCAUAUCCCGCAACUAUUGCUCCCAGCCCAUGCCUACGAUGCGCAGCGAUGAUGAAUUUGCUGUAAGACUGCGCAGCGGGCGAUUCAAAGAUGAUAAUGGCGAUCGGCAGGCUUUGGCCCAGGAGGCACGACUCAGUUACUCCUUCUCGCAACCUGCUUUGCUGGAUGAUCUUCUGCUUGCCACGCAAAUGAAUCAAACGCAGAACACCUCCCAGAAUUAUUUCCAGCGUUUGGUGCGGAGGAUGACUCGAUUCUUUGUAACCACGCGAUGGGACGACACCAUCAAGAGAUUGGUGGGCACCAUCGAAAGACUGGGUGGCUAUACGUGCAAAGUCGGUGAGGAUGGAGUAGUCACCGUUUCCACUGUCGAUCGGAAUAAGCUGCGACUGGUUUUCAAAGCGCACAUCAUCGAGAUGGAUGGCAAGAUCCUCGUCGACUUCCGGCUGUCUAAGGGUUGCGGUUUGGAGUUCAAGCGGCGCUUUAUCAAGAUCAAGAAUGCUCUGGAGGACAUUGUUCUGAAGGGACCCACCACCUGGCCCAUUGCGAUUGCUACCAAUUCGGUGCCUUAGCUUAUAGUUUAUUUCUAACUUAAAUAACAUCUCGUAAAUUUUGUUACAGUUACUUUUGUCUAGCUUAAAGAGCAACUCAUCCAUCACCUUUGUUUAAUUUUAGCUAAACUUCUCAAUGUGCUAACUUAUUCUUAAUUCAUUGCAUUAUUUACGAUUACGUUGUGUAUUGUUAAGCAAGCUCUCUCACGAUUUUAAUUUUGUUGAAUUUUAAAGCGAAAUACGAGUAUUGAAAUCUAGUUAGUAUAAAGCGUUAUUGAACAAUAAAUCAAAUCCGAUUUUGAAUAAAAA